GAUAUUUUCGUCUAAGGAAUUCUAAUACCGAAGGAAGAAAGGAAAACAAAGGGAAGGCAAAGGAGCAGCCUUCACUCACGAUUUAGUUCUUUGCCAUCCAUGGGAAGAGUUUGCAUAAUCAGAGCGCGUUUUCUAAUGACAUGAAAAGUCGAAAAGAUGAUUAAUUUGUGUUUGGAUGAAGAAGAGAAGAGGAGGAAAAGGUGAGGAAAAAUGGGGUCACUGGAUUAUAGUCAUCUGAACAACAGUAAAGAAAGGCUGCUUCCACUUAGCAGCUUCAGGGGAGGUGAAGAUGCAGGAAGCAAAUUCAUCUUCUUCAACGUGAUUGAUAAAAAGUUCAAGAAUGCUUGCAAGUAUUUACAAGAUUUUGUUGAGGAAGUAUGGAAAAUGGGCCGUUCAGAUCCUCGGAAAGUCAUAUUUGCAAUGAAGAUGGGACUUGCAUUGGCAAUUGUGUCUUUGCUCAUAUUUUGGAAAGGGCCUUAUGAGAAUGUUGCUCAAUACUCUAUCUGGGCAAUACUCACAGUGAUUGUAGUGUUUGAAUUUAGCAUAGGAGCAACCUUUAUCAAAGGAUUUAAUCGAGGUUUGGGAACCCUUUGUGCUGCCAUACUUGCAGUUUGCUUUUCUGAACUGUCUUUGCUGGUUGGAAAAUGGGAGGAAGUUGUCAUUGUUAUCAGCAUUUUCUUAAUGGGAUUCUGCUCAUCCUAUUUGAAGCUGCACCCAACAAUGACGCCAUAUGAGUAUGGAUUCCGAGUAUUCAUAUUGACAUACUGUAUCCUUAUGGUAGCUGGGAAUAGAACUAGGGAAUACAAGGAAGCAAUUAUAACUCGAUUAGCACUAAUUGCAGCAGGUGCUGGUGUCUGUUUUCUUGUAAAUAUUUUUAUUUAUCCAAUUUGGGCGGGGGAGGCUCUGCAUGGCUUGGUGGUGAAAAAUUUCAAGGACCUUGCCACCUCAUUAGAAGGUUGUGUUAAUGGGUAUUUGAAAUGUGUUGAAUAUGAGAGGAUACCCUCAAAAAUACUCACCUACCAGGCUUCUGAUGACCCACUUUAUAAUAGUUAUAGAUCAGUUGUGGAAUCUACUAGCCGAGAAGACACAUUGUUAGGCUUUGCUAUUUGGGAACCACCUCAUGGUCGUUAUAGAAGGUUUAAUUAUCCUUGGAAAAGCUACAUCACAGUAAGUGGUGCAUUGAGACACUGUGCGUUCAUGGUCAUGGCACUCCAUGGGUGCAUCCUUUCUGAAAUCCAGGCUUCCCCAGAAACAAGACAGGUAUUUAGUACUGAACUCCGGAAUGUUGGAGCAGAAGGUGCAAAAGUCUUGCGUGAGCUCGGAAGCAAACUAGAGAAGAUGGAAAAAUUAAGCCCUGGUGACAUACUCAAAGAAGUCCAUGAGGCAGCUGAUCAGUUGCAAGAGAAGAUAGACAGAAGAUCAUAUUUGCUAGUAAAUUCAGCGAGAUGGGAAAUUGGGAGACUGAACAAGGAAUUGAAAGAGCUAGAGGAUAAGGAGAAUAAGCAAUUGGGGUUCAAGUCCCUGAGUGGAACCUUACUUGACCUGAGGUCAGAUCCUGUAUUGACACCUCCACUACCAAUUGAUGCCUCAAAAACCAUGUUUACCAAGCAAGUGUCAUCGCCAGCACAAAUCUCAUUGAAUGUGGACUCAUGCCUUAAGGGAGAUGAAUGCAGAACAUAUGAAAGCGCCAGAGCCUUGUCUCUUGCAACAUUUGCUUCACUUUUGAUCGAAUUUGUUGCAAGACUGCAGAACAUAGUUGAUUCUUUUGAAGAAUUAAGUGAGAAAGCAGACUUUAAGGGGCCUAACAUCAGCAGAAUACCAACUGCUAAAAAGAGGUUUGGGGCUUAAAUGGCACUACUUAGGAGCUUUGCAUUCAAUUUUUUGCAAAGUAUUCAUCUCAGACUUUAUAUAUGGUUAGCAAAUAAUAAGAAUUUGUCUAAUAACACUAAUAAAAAUAUUAACAUAAGAAUUGAAUGAAAAGAUGUAAUCGAAUUUCCUCACCAUUAGAAACUUAUCUUUCUACCCC